CCCGACGCGGGGGGAACGUUGCUUCGACGUACUUUCCGGCUCUCGACUCCGCCCCCGCAAGGGGCUUGGCUCGGAGCUUCAAGAUGGAGUCACUAAAUAGAGCGGGGCAAGAGAUGAGCUUGGCGGCCCUAAAACAACACGACCCUUACAUCACCAGCAUCGCAGACCUCACGGGCCAGGUCGCUCUAUACACUUUCUGCCCAAAGGCCAACCAGUGGGAGAAGACUGAUAUAGAAGGGACUUUAUUUGUAUAUCGAAGGUCAGCUUCACCUUACCACGGUUUUACCAUUGUGAAUCGACUGAAUAUGCACAAUCUAGUUGAACCAGUCAAUAAAGAUUUAGAAUUUCAGCUUCAUGAACCGUUUCUUCUGUAUAGAAAUGCAAGCUUGUCCAUAUACAGCAUCUGGUUUUAUGACAAGAAUGACUGUCACCGCAUAGCCAAACUCAUGGCAAAUGUGGUAGAAGAGGAGACACGACGGUCCCAGCAGGCUGCUCGGGAUAAACAGAGUCCCAACCAGGCCAAUGGCUGCAGUGACCAAAGGCCCAUCGACAUCUUGGAAAUGCUGAGCAGAGCCAAGGAUGAGUACGAGAGGAAUCAGAAGGGCGACUCAGAUAUCUCCAGCCCUGGGUUACAGCCAAGCACUCAAGUCUCCAAUCUAGGAAGUUCAGAGACUCUAGAAGAGAUGCCCUCUGGGUCACAAGAUAAGUCAGCACCAUCUGGACACAAACAUCUGACAGUAGAAGAAUUAUUUGGAACCUCUUUGCCAAAAGAACAGCCAUUGGUCAUGGGUCUUGAUUCCGAAGAAGUGGAGAAGCAGCCAGGAGAUGCCUCACAGAAAGAGCCCAACUCCUUCCUACCGUUUUCCUUUGAGCAGUCUGGAGCGGCCCUGCAGUCAGACAACCUGGGCAUGCAGCCUGCUGCUCCGCACUCUGUCCAUCCUGAAGUCGCCACCCCAUUGCUGAUCACGCCUGCCUCCAUCACCCAGUCCAGUGACAAGCAUGCCUCAAACUACCUGAUCCCACUGAGCCCUGUCCUCAGUCCUACCCUGCCAGCAGAAGCUUCUACUGCACAGGUUCCCCCCAGCUUACCUCGAAACAGCACCAUGAUACAGGCAGUGAAGACCACGCCCAGACAGAGGUCUCCCCUCCUGAAUCAGCCAGUCCCCGAGCUAAGCCACGCCUGUCUGAUUGCCAACCAGAGCCCUUUCAGAGCUCCACUGAGUGUAUCUAGCACGUCUAGCACAGCCCUCUCAAGUGUGGAUCUACUCCAGAAACUCAGGUUGACUCCACAGCAUGACCAAAUUCAGACACCAUCGCUUGGGAAAGGUGCAGUAGCACCCAGCUUUCCUCCAGCAGCUGGCCAGCUGGCCACCCCUGAAAGCUUCAUAGAGCCUCCGUCUAAAACUGUAGCAGCCAGAGCAGCGGCCUCAGCCUCCCUGAGCAACAUGGUGCUUCCUCCUCUUCAGUCUAUGCAGCAGCAAAACCAGGACUCUGAAGUAUUUGCCCAGCCUAAGGUGUUAUCCAGUGCCAUCCCAGUUACAGGCCCCUCACUGGUAACCGCUACAACCACAACAGUACCUUCUGUCCUGCUGUCACCGAGUGUUUUCCAGCAGACAGCUACGAGGUCCACAGACCUUGAAAGGAAAGCAAACUCCCCGUCUCCUCUAACUGUUGGGACAUCAGAAAAUCCAAGAAAGCCUUCGAUUGUUCUCAGUAAGGCUCAGCUCCAGGAUACGCUAAUACAUCUGAUAAAGAAUGACUCAAGCUUUCUGAGUACACUUCAUGAAGUCUACUUGCAGGUUCUGACCAAGAAUAAAGACAGCCUCAAUCUAUGACGGGAACUGAGUAAACCUGAGUGCAUCUUGUCGACCUCAGAAACAAAUAGGUUUUAUCAUGGAAGCAUCUCAGCAGAUGCUGAGUUUUAAGAAUACUGAAAUUGAGCCUAUAAGAAAUGAAAAAACUUAAUUCCUUAAGAAUGUUUUCCAAGUGACGUUCUCAGUGAUAAUGGAGGUUUCACUGUGAAGCAUCACCAGCAGACCUUUUAUUUUGACAAAAAA